UAUAUAAACUGUGUCGUUGAUGGCUGUCAGUCAGAUAUUUUGUUUAUAUUUAAUUUAUAAGUUUGAAAAGUUUACAAAAAGUUUUCAAAAUUAUACAUUAGAAUAACGUUUUCAACGUAAAUACAUUACUACAAUAUGGAUCGGUACUGCCGCGUUUGUAUGGCGAAAAAUUGUGCAGAAUUGAUUUCGCUGUUCCAAAUCCACGAGAGUGAAGACGAUGUGAUAGCAAACAUGAUCAUCGAUUGUACGGAAGUAAUGGUUUCGGAUGAUGAUAAUCUUCCACAAAAUAUCUGCGGCAAAUGUAUGAUACGGCUCAACCAAGCCUACGAGCUACGCAAGCAAUGUCAAAGGUCAGAUGAAGCAUUCCGGGCUAUGCUGUUGCAAGGCGUUUCAUCCUCUGUACAAAUUGAACCAACAUGUGAUAGCUUUCAAAAUGUUCAAACUGAGGAAUCAUCCGAAGCAGUUAGCAAAACUUUUGAACUUGAAGUUCAAGUGGAAGGUAUAGAUGAAGAACAAAAUGUUGAAUACCUGGAUGAAGAUGAGGACUACCAUGAAUACAUCGAUUCAACAAAGAAUAUUAAAACAGAGAGCUCCGUUGAACAUAAUACUGAUGCCAAAACACAUACCGGUGUUCCUCUAAAUCCGGAAAACGUAAGCAAAGUUGACGAGUUCGAUCAAUACAGUGUGUUUUAUGUGCAAGGAAAACGCUGCUGUGGCUGUCAAAUGGUUUUCUCGAAUAUUGAAUCUUUAUUCGAUCACUGUAAACAUGCUCAUUAUAAAGAACAUGAUGGCUACGAAAGGAAAUUCCUAUGUGAUAUAUGUAAUAAAGGAUUUGAUACAAAACAAUUACUAGUAACACACAAAGACGCAGCCAAAAGUAACAAAUUGUAUUACUGUAAGCUUUGUAACUGUUUUCUGGGAAACGAACUUAGUUUCAUGGAACACAUCUUCGUAGAAGGUCACGAAGAAGUAAUGUACUCUUUUAAAACAUCUGAUAAGUUUGAAUCAAUGCUGAUCACUGGUUUCAGAUGUUGCGGUUGCGAUACCAUCUAUUCGAAUGAACCUGAUUUAGAGAUACAUAUCGCUGAGAAGCAUCUACCUACCACUACAUCUUUCAAAAAUAUUGAGGUAAUCCAUUGUAGUAAAUGUUACAAAACGUUUAAUGAGCGACAAGAAUUAGAACAGCAUCAAUCAGAAAUUCAUCAUUAUUCAUACCAUUGUCGUAUUGGUGAUUGUAAAUACACUACAAUACAUAAGAAACACAUAAUAAAUCAUGUUACCAUGACUAGCCUUCAUCGUAAUACAUCACAAGGAUCGGUGAAAACUUCUAAAAAAAAUUCUAAUACAGAAGAUGAAGAUUCCCGCUUUUGUUGUUGCAUCGUGCGUUGUCAUGAAUCAUUUCAAUCAAAAAGUGAACUUCUGAAGCACGCGGUGGCAGAUCAUGAAAUAUUACGAAUUCAGCAUACACAGGAUCGGAAGCAUUCGACGAUUGUUUGCAACAUAUGUCUGAAAGGAUUUGAAAAUGAGCAGGCGUACAACCGGCAUCAGUCUUCGAAUAAAAGCAUUCAUCAUGUUUGCCGCAAAUGUGGAGCAAAGUAUGCUUCUAAGGCAACGUUGAAGCAACAUGAGCGUAGCAAUUGUGGUAAAAUAGCACAGUAUCAGUGCACAAAAUGUGAUAAGGCAUUUAUGUCGCUAGGAGGCUUUCACAAUCAUCAACAAGUUCAUAAUAGUAAACGCUCUCAUGUUUGUAACAUUUGUGGACGUGGCUUUCUAAGGAAAGGUAUAUUGAAGGAUCACAUGAACUCAGUACAUGCUAAUACCAGAUUUUUCAAAUGUAUGCUGUGUUCAAAGUCUUUCGCCAGUCGAAAUAUAUUUCAAGCACACCAAUUAACUCACACUAAGACGAAAGCGUAUCAGUGCCGAUACUGUGAGAAGCGAUAUUACAAAACUAGUGACAGAACCAUGCAUGAAAAUCAAGUGCAUUUGGGCAUUCGGCCAUUUAAAUGCAAUUUCUGCACGACAUCGUUCAUACGGGACCGUGAACGUAGGUUACACGAGCGUAUUCACACCAAAGGGAAACUCUACAGCUGUGAUCUAUGCUCUGAGGGAUAUAAUAAGUUCGCAGAGUACAAAAUGCAUCGCCUCAGUGAACACGGACUGGAUACGCUUAGGGAUCUAGGUUCGGUGAUAAUGACUGCAAUUCGUACCGAUCAAAAUUCGGAGCAAUCGGCGAGUAGCUCGUGAAAAGGGGAUUGACUGAGAAAUAAAUUGACUGCUCAAAUA